AUGCGUUGUUAUGAUUGUUUUUCAAAUUCUACUUCCAAAAGAUCAUGCCAUACUACAUGGAUGAAACAUUCAUUGGGAAUAAGAAUCAAAGUGGAGCAUGAGGGUUCUUGUUCUUGUUAUCAAGGAUUUCAAGCUUUGGAAAUCGGUGGUUUGAAUUUAGAAGAUGCAGGAUGUGACAAUGGAGAUGAUAACGAAGUUGAAUAUAGUGAAGAGGAAGUAAGCUUGAAGCACAAGACAAAGAAGCUCCAAAGGUUGCUUGUGAAGGUGAACAAGAGGAAUCAAAAGCCCGACAACGUGGAGAUGAUCGAAAGAGUCAAAUCCGCCACCAUGUGCAACACUGGUUUCAAGUCAGUGUUUGCGUAG